ACAUCGCGAGAUCAGCUGACCUCCUUCCUCAAAAUGUAAACAUUGCAGUUUGUUAAUCGCAGUGCAGCAUUUUCAAGUUAUGGGAGACUGUAGAACGGAUUACAUUAUUUGGUCGUCAGAAUGUGACAUUAUCUUGAAGUGAUUUCGACUGAAAGCACACUUUCACGGAAUUUUAAGCAGCAUUUCCCUGUGGUGUUGGAAUGGGUUACAUCCCUCCUUGGUCCAAAUGGAAAACCAAGGGAGCGACGAGGUGGAAAAAAUGAAGACAAAGUUCUUGUCUGUGUGGCACAAUGUGAAAUACAGUUGGGCUCUGAAGUCGAAGACCUCAUUCAGCAGAAAUUCCCCUGUGCUUCUUUUGGGAAAAUGUUACCACUUUAAGGUUGAAGAUGAUGAUGAUGAUGGUGAUGUUUCAGAAGCCUCUUUGGAGGCUUCCAACCAAGACUGGGUCGUGGGAAAUGUAGAGGAUUUCCGGAAGGAUUUUGGAUCUCGUGUGUGGCUAACCUAUCGGGAAGAGUUUCCUCCUCUGUCCGGCUCUGCGCUGACGUCUGACUGUGGCUGGGGCUGCAUGGUGCGAGCUGGACAGAUGAUGCUGGCUCAAGCACUGAUUCUGCAUUUCUUGGGCAGAGACUGGACCUGGUCAGAAGCACUCCAGCUCCAGCCUUUAGACUCCGAGACGUGGACCACCACUGCAGCUAAACGCCUGGUAGCCUCCCUGGAGGCCUCGCUACAGGGCACCCACAGCAGGCCCUCCAAUCCUGGAUCACCGGAUGUACCUCACGCUCAGGCUGCUGGCUCUGCAGAAGAAGCAGAUGCCCACUUAAAAGAAAUGUACCACAGGACACUGGUUUCAUGGUUUGGAGACAACCCGUCCGCUCAACUGGGCCUGCACAGACUGGUGCACUUAGGCCUAACAAUGGGGAAACAGGCAGGGGAUUGGUAUGGACCUGCAGUGGUGGCACACAUUCUCAAGAAAGCCGUGGAGGAAGCAAUGGACCCCGCCUUAGCGGGUGUAACUGCUUAUGUUUCCCAGGACUGUACAGUGUACAGUGCUGAUGUGAUUGACUGCCACAAGGCACCCAGGGCAGGGUACACAACUGCAGCUACAUCAGAUGCCCCGCCCCCUCCACAAAACAACCAAUCACCAUCUGCAUGCACCCUGCCAGACAGUAAAGCUGUUAUUAUUCUCAUCCCUGUGCGACUGGGAGGGGAGAAGACCAACCCUGACUACUUUAACUUUGCAAAGAGAAUACUAAGUCUGGAGUACUGCAUAGGCAUCAUUGGAGGGAAGCCCAAGCAGGCCUGCUACUUUGUAGGAUUUCAAGAUGACAGCUUGAUUUACAUGGACCCUCAUUACUGUCAGUCUUUUGUGGACGUCAGCACCAGCGAUUUCCCUCUUCAGUCCUAUCAUUGUCCCUCACCCAAGAAGAUGCCUUUCACCAAGAUGGACCCAAGCUGCACCAUAGGUUUUUACUCUAGAAGUGUCCAGGACUAUGACAAAAUCAGCCAAGAGUUAUCUCGGGUGCUGCAACCAUCAGCAAGCGACAAAUACCCGGCGUUCACUAUUCUGCAAGGUCAUGGCAGAGAUUAUGACCUGUCAGCAGGUCUGACCCCAGAAAAGAGAGUGUGGCCCUUCAUCCGUGACCCAAGAAGGACAAUCACCACUACUGGGGACUUUGUGCUACUUUGACAGAACGGUUUAACUCCACGAACAUGGAAUUUUUCAACGUGUGAUGCCUAAAAGCCUUGUGUUUGAGACUGAUGUAACAUUGAAUUUUAAAACUGGCCUGUCCCUGCUGUGCGAUGAACUUGUAGCCAAACCUGUUCACUUUUUGCGUUGUGUUCACUUUUGGAUUGCAACAGUAUGAGUUUCCUCAAUACUGCUGUUUGCAUUAGGACGUUUUUAGAGCGCUGCUGAAUUUGGUGACUUAUGUUUAUACUAAUCUGAAAAAGAGAAAAGUAGUGGAUGUGCACACUUGUUUCUUAUUUAUAUAAUUGUGCUUUUCUUUCAAAAGAACUAAGACAUUUUAAUAUAGCAGAUAUGAAUAUUAGUCCUGUACCAGCACACUCACUUGUAAUGAAGUGAAAUAAUGACGUGUUGUAGCUCGAAUAGGCCCUUUUAGUCUUAUUGAAUGUACAGUACAUGUAGUUUCUUAUUUUCAGAAUUUUUUUUUUUUUUAGAUAUCUUUGAUGGAGUUUUAAAUUGACAUGUUUCGAAACAAA